GGGAGAGUCUGCAAGCAGCACACACAAUCACACUGGGAUUACACUGCGCUGCAAAAAAGGAUUAUUCACCAGGAAAAUGUAAAAGAAAAGCAGAAACAUCUUGCCAGACUUGAAGUGAAUCCAAUCUGAAGACACACUGUUACACUGGGACUGGCUUUGGCUUCCAGGCCAGUGUUAAAUGUCAUUGCCAAGGAUGCUGUUACCUACUCACUUGAUGAUGCCAGCAUUUGUCUUCUUAACGGCCUUGCUGUCCUCAGUGUUGGCUGACACCACGAUUGAAGCCCCUCCAAGGUUCAUGAAGGUGCCCAGUGACCAGAUUGGUGUUUCAGGAGGGGUGGCUUCAUUCGUCUGCCAGGCCACAGGAAGCCCCAAACCACGAGUUACCUGGAACAAAAAAGGAAAGCGAGUGAGCUCGCAGCGUUUUGAGGUGAUUGAGUUUGAUGACGGCGCUGGAGCAGUCCUGAGAAUACAGCCCUUGCGGACUCCCAGGGAUGAGGCAGUUUAUGAGUGUCAAGCAACCAACGCGCUUGAUGACGUAACUGUGACGGCAAAGCUCACUGUGCUAAGAGAGGACCAGCUGCCCUCAGGUUUCCCCAACAUCGACAUGGGCCCCCAGCUGAAGGUGGUGGAGCGCACCCGCACAGCCACCAUGCUGUGCGCCGCCAGUGGAAACCCAGACCCCGAGAUCACCUGGUUCAAAGACUUCCUGCCUGUCGACCCCAGCUCCAGCACACGCAUCAAACAGUUGCGGUCAGGUGCUCUGCAGAUCGAGAACAGCGAAGAAACUGACCAAGGGAAAUACGAGUGUGUGGCGUCGAACAACGCUGGGGUGCGGUACUCUCCUCCUGCUAAUCUAUACGUGAGAGUUCGGCGUGUUCCACCUAGGUUCUCCAUCAGCCCUCCGUUGAGCCAAGAGAUCGUGCCCGGUGGGAGUGUGAACAUCACUUGUGUUGCCGUGGGCUCCCCCAUGCCUUAUGUGAAGUGGAUGCUGGGAACUGAAGACUUGACCCCAGAAGAUGACAUGCCCGUUGGCCGCAAUGUUCUAGAGCUGAACAGUAUCCAAGAGUCUGCUAAUUACACCUGUGUGGCAAUGUCUAGUCUUGGAAUAAUCAAAACAAUGUCACAGAUUAUUGUCAAAGCACUCCCAAAGCCCCCUGGAACUCCAAUUGUUGUGGAGACUACUGCCACCAGUGUGACGUUAACAUGGGAUUCUGGCAAUCCAGACCACAUCAAUUACUACAUUAUUGAAUACAGGCCCAAGAACUCGGAUGUCCUCUACCAGACCAUAGACGGCAUCCAGACCCUACGCUACAGCAUUGGUGGACUGAGCCCAUACUCUGAUUAUGAGUUUAAAAUCUCUGCUGUCAAUUCCAUUGGUCAGGGUCCACCCAGUGAGACAGUGGAGACCAGGACUGGUGAGCAGGUGCCCUCUAGCUCCCCACGGAAUGUCCAGGCCCGGAUGUUGAGCGCGACCACCAUGCUGAUUCAAUGGGAGGAGCCCGAAGAACCAAACGGAGAAAUCCGGGGCUACCGGGUCUACUACACGAUGGAGCCCCUCCAGCCUGUGAGUAACUGGCAAAAGCAGAACCUGGAUGACAGCCUCCUAACAACCGUUGCCAACCUGAUACCACAGACAACGUACAGCGUCAAGGUCCUGGCUUUCACCUCCGUAGGGGAUGGACCACUUUCACCCGAGAUUCAGGUCAAAACUCAACAGGGAGUUCCUGGGCAACCAAUCAACUUCAGAGCCAACCCUAAAUCUGAGACAAGUAUUGAGUUGCAGUGGACUGCACCCAGACAAGAUGAAAUCAUCGAUUAUGAACUGUUCUAUCGUGAUGAAGAACUGGGGAAGGAGGAAGUGAUAAGCUUUCAGCCAAGCACGACAUACACUGUGACCGGGCUUCGUCCCAACACUCUGUACUACUUCUGGUUGGCUGCACGGUCCACGCAUGGCCUUGGCGUUUUCACCUCCCAGAUCUCUGCACAGACCUUCAGGCCAGUAGAACCAUCAGCCCCACCUCAAAAUGUAAAGUGCAGCAGUCCCAGUUCCACCAGCAUUCUGGUAAGUUGGUGGCCACCGCCACCAGAGAGUCAAAAUGGCGAGCUGGCAAAGUACAGUAUCAGGUACCAAGCGGUGGAGGGAGAGGACACGCAGAUCCACGAGGUGACGGACAUUCCGCCAAAGACCACGCAGCUGCGGCUAGAGGCCCUGUCGAAAUGGACUAAGUACCGGGUGACUGUAAUCGCACACACGAUGGUGGGACCAGGCCCGGAGAGCGAACCCGUAAUCGUUCGCACAGAUGAAGAUGUGCCCAGUGCUCCCCCUCGUAAAGUGGAGGUUGCAGCUUUAAACUCCACCGCCUUGAAGGUAAUAUGGCGGUCUCCCGUCCCGAACAAACAACAUGGCCAGAUCCGGGGCUACCAGGUGCACUACGUGGAAGUGGAGGAUGGAGAGGCCAGGGGACGGCCGCUGAUAAAGGACAUCAUGUUGGCCGACGCACAGUGGGAGACUGACGACACUGCAGAAUAUGAGAUGAUCAUCUCUGGGCUGCAGCCAGAAACAACGUACUCCAUCACUGUGGCAGCCUACACAACAAAAGGCGAUGGUGUACGCAGCAGGUCAAAACUUGUGGUCACCAAAGGUUCAGUUCCCAAUAGUCCCACACUCUCAGUCCGUCUAACGCAAGAGAGCACAGUCGUGUUGGAAUGGCAGCCUCCUUUGGAAACAUUCGGACGACUCCUUGGCUAUCAGCUUCGGUUGGGGCGUGCGGACGUAUCGCCCCUGACAACACUGGAGUUCUCGGACCAUGAGCAUCAAUACGUGGCCCACAGCCUGCACAAAGGUGCCACCUACGUGUUCAGGUUGGCAGCCCGCAACACCGCUGGCAUCGGGAUAGAGGAUGUCAAGCAGCUCACUCUCCCAGAAGACGUGCCCAAAGGCUACCCACAGAUCCUGGACUUGGCGAAUAUCACCACCUCAUCUGUUCAGUUUGGUUGGCUGCCCCCGGUCUUGGCAGAAAGAAAUGGCGUCAUCACUUCAUACACUGUCUCCUGGAGACAGGCAGGUGCCCAGAGCAAUCCCACUGAAGUGUCCACCAGAUCCUCCCAGACUAGCCUCACAUUGGACAGCCUUAAACCGGAUACCAGUUAUGACAUUAAAGUCAGGGCACACACCAAAAAAGGCCCUGGUCCUUACAGUCCUGCUGUUCAGUAUCGGACCAUGCCAUUGGAUCAAGCAGUUUUCCCUAAAAAUUUCCGAGUAAAGCUUGCAACGAAGACCUCUGUGUUGCUCAGCUGGGAAAUUCCGGAACACUACGACUCUCCUAUUCCGUAUAAGAUCCAGUAUAAGAACGGCCAGUCCGUGGUCGAGGUGGAUGGGCGAGCCACCAAGAAGCUGAUCACCAACCUUGAACCGGACAAGGAGUACUCCUUCGUGCUGACAAACCGCGGCAACACGGUGGGUGGGUUGCAGCAGACGGUAUCGGCCCGCACCGCGCCAGCCAUCCUGGGCACCAAGCCGUACUUCAUCAAGAAGGUGGAACCCGACGGGACCCUGUUGGUCCGGAUGCCUGAGGUGGAGACGGUGACACCAGUCAUAACCUAUUACAUUGUCGUGGUCCCGCUGAAGAAAUUUCGUGGCAAGUUCAUCAACACCUGGCACAGUCCUGACGAGAUGGACCUGGAAGAGCUCCUUCAGGAUCUGAUGCGUCGCCGGCGCAGAAGUCUCCGUCUCCGCCGCCAGCUGGGCCACGCCAAGCCCUAUAUCGCUGGUCGCUUUGACAUUCUCCCGCAGGAGUUCAUUCUUGGUGACAAACGAUUUUAUGGUGGGUUUGAAAACAAGCCUCUAGAGGAGGGCAACAAAUACGUGUUCUUCGUCCUGGGUGUCCUGGACAUUCCAGAAGCGAAGAUGUUUGCAGCGAGUCCAUACUCUGACCCCAUCCUAUCAGCAGACCCUGACCCACAGCCUAUCAUCGACGGAGAAGAGGGUCUGAUCUGGGUGGUGGGCCCAGUGCUGGCAGUGGUCUUCAUCAUCUGCAUUGUAAUCGCCAUUCUACUGUACAAAAAAAAACGCAAAGAAAGUGAUCCCAGAACCAAGUGUCUUCUCAACAACGCAGAAGUGCCAUCCCAUCAUCCCAUGGACCCGGUCGAAAUGAGACGCAUCAACUUUCAGACGCCAGAAUCUGUUGUCAGCAGCCCCCUCAGUGAACCCGAAUUUGCAAGCAUGAUGAGUCACCCACCGAUUCCCAUUACAGAGCUCGCCGAGCACACAGAGCAUCUGAAAGCAAAUGACAACCUGAAGUUUUCACAAGAGUAUGAGUCAAUCGAUCCUGGCCAGCAGUUCACAUGGGAACAUUCAAACAUGGAAGUGAACAAACCCAAAAACCGCUACGCCAAUGUGAUUGCAUAUGACCAUUCCAGAGUUAUCUUGGCACCGAUUGAGGGUAUCUCGGGCAGUGAUUACAUUAAUGCAAACUACAUUGAUGGCUACCGGAAGCAGAAUGCCUACAUUGCCACACAGGGACCGCUGCCAGAGACGUUUGGGGAUUUCUGGAGGAUGGUCUGGGAGCAGAGGAGUGCAACUAUCGUCAUGAUGACAAAACUGGAGGAAAAAUCUCGGGUGAAGUGCGAUCAAUACUGGCCCAGCCGAGGAACAGAUACCUACGGAAUGAUACAGGUGACUCUGUUGGACACCAUUGAGUUGGCCACCUUCUGUGUUCGAAACUUCUGCCUACACAAGAAUGGCUCCAGUGAGAAGAGGGAGGUUCGUCAGUUUCAGUUCACAGCUUGGCCUGACCAUGGUGUUCCCGAGUAUCCGACCCCCUUCCUCGCAUUCCUAAGAAGAGUGAAAACCUGCAAUCCUCCUGAUGCUGGCCCGGUGGUGGUGCACUGCAGUGCUGGAGUUGGUCGGACUGGCUGUUUCAUUGUCAUUGAUGCCAUGCUAGAGAGAAUAAAACAUGAGAAAACGGUUGACAUCUAUGGCCAUGUGACACUGAUGAGAUCACAGCGGAACUACAUGGUGCAGACGGAGGACCAGUACAUUUUUAUUCAUGAUGCACUGCUGGAAGCAGUGGCUUGUGGGACCACUGAGGUGAUGGCCAGGAACUUGUACUCUUACAUCCAGAAACUCGCACAGGUUGAGACAGGGGAGCAUGUCACAGGCAUGGAACUAGAGUUCAAGCGUCUGGCCAAUUCCAAAGCUCACACGUCCCGAUUCAUAAGUGCCAAUCUUCCAUGUAAUAAGUUCAAGAACCGCCUUGUCAACAUUAUGCCGUACGAGACGACAAGAGUGUGUCUGCAGCCAAUCCGCGGGGUGGAGGGCUCCGACUACAUCAAUGCUAGCUUUAUCGAUGGAUACAGGCAACAGAAAGCAUACAUUGCCACGCAGGGUCCUUUAGCAGAGACUACAGAGGACUUCUGGAGAAUGUUAUGGGAGAACAACUCCACCAUUGUUGUCAUGCUUACCAAACUGCGAGAAAUGGGCCGUGAGAAGUGUCACCAGUACUGGCCAGCUGAACGAUCCGCCAGGUAUCAGUACUUUGUCGUGGAUCCGAUGGCAGAGUACAACAUGCCGCAGUACAUCCUUCGUGAGUUCAAAGUCACAGACGCAAGGGAUGGCCAGUCACGGACUGUCCGGCAGUUCCAGUUUACAGACUGGCCAGAACAAGGAGUGCCAAAAUCCGGCGAGGGCUUCAUCGACUUUAUUGGGCAAGUGCAUAAAACCAAGGAACAGUUUGGCCAAGAUGGUCCCAUCUCAGUUCACUGCAGUGCUGGAGUUGGCAGGACUGGGGUCUUUAUCACGCUCAGCAUUGUCUUGGAAAGGAUGAGGUACGAAGGGGUGGUGGACAUUUUCCAGACUGUCAAGAUGCUCCGAACACAGCGACCAGCCAUGGUACAGACAGAGGAUGAAUAUCAGUUCUGCUAUCAAGCGGCAUUGGAGUACCUUGGGAGUUUUGAUCAUUAUGCAACGUAAAAAGCCAUUGAUCAUCAAACUCAACAGGCCACAAUGGACACGGAGCACCUCUUCUGAGCCAUAUAGCGUGCUUGAAAAGUACUUUAAUUCUAACCACCGCCAGGGAAAGAUACUUCAGAUGGACCCUAAGGGAACUCAAUGUUGUAACCCAGAAGAGAAGAAGGACCCUGGUCUGUUGGGGGAUCAUUUUAAUUGUUGGACAAGUCCUACUUACCUCAAGUGUUCAACUGUGGUGAAAUGGAUCUGGAUUUACUCUAUGGACUGUCUGAUGAAAUAUCAAGGACACACAAGCAAAAAGUCAUUCAGAAAGUGGAUGAAGGGAAAACGUGAAAAGAUGGGAUCCUGUCUUUGGUUACAUCAUUAGAGUUCUGCUUGCUUAAAAAUCCUUUUAUUAAUCAAAGCUGUGGGGGAAAAAGCAUUGAAGGAGACUGCUCACAAAACCACAUUUACUGCAGAGGCCCUGUCUGCUUGGUUUUGUCUACUGUGUGGUCAUUAAGGAUCCCAGUUUUUUUUUCUCUCUCUGGCAAUAGUCCUUGGGUCAUGCUUCAUCUAAGCAUGUUUUUCAUCUGUGCCUUCUCCUUCCAUCAGAUCCCAUUGUGAACUGACAGGUCUUUUCAUGAUUAUGCCCCAUUCUUGUAUUAUUUUAGCAAUACAACAUCAGGGAGCUACACAUAGGGAACAUCCUUUCAAGAGAUGUACAGUGUUGGGAAAAUGAAAUAACUUUUAAUUCCAGUUGAAAAUCUGAGGCAGGUAGAAAGAAAUCACCUCAUUUGGUGGUUCCCACAUGUCAAAGGCACUAGGGGUUCUUUUCAGUGACAUAUGGUGGAGUUUGGUGUGAGAGAGCAAAGGAUGAGUAGUGCACUCGUUUUGUUUCGGAGGAAAAAGAGCUUGAGAAAGAUCCUUGCUUCCCGUUAAAGUGAGGGAUUGUAUACACUGGAGUCGGUUAAGAAGAGAAUAGAAAACAGUACAUAAACACAGAAAAGAAUAAAUGAGAAAAAAAUGUUGUAAGGUUCCAGCCUGAGACACCAAUGCAUCCUGAUCAUAAAUAUAAGCCAAGUUUUUCAUCCCUCUGGUAAACACGCUGGGGUGUGAACAGUGCAAUUUUCAUCUGGUAUUUAAAAAUGAGUGUAACAGCAGGACAGAGCAUGGUUUCACUCUUUUAAUUGUUGAAUCAGGAGCUGGUGAAGAGUUUUGAUCCAUUGUCAUCACAGUAUUUGCUUUGGGAACUCUGGUCUUGGCAGCCUGGGACCUAUCCUUCCACUGUUGGGAUGUCACCAGUGAGACCCAUUCACACAAUUCUGGCAUCAUUUAUUGCCCAGUCUACACUGUUAAAAUGCAAUAAUUCUUCUAAUCUUCAUUGUCUGAGAGAGAGUGUGGAAGAUGGCCAGAUUAAAACCUCUGCUGGUUGGAUUAAAAAAUAUUCUAAUAUUACAGAAAAACAAAAAUAUUUAAUACAUUUUAGUUGAACGUUUUUAUAAUGCUUUUGAAACAAGUAUCCUUUUUUGAUUAUCUUAGUCAUACCACAGCCCCCAUCCUCCCCACCAGCCCAUUUACUUUGUUUGCCCACAGCCUAGUGUUGGACCUCACAAGCUCUAUGGAUGGCUUGCUACAUCCAAUCUCAUCAGCAUCUUUCAAAAUGAUUGUGUUGAGAGGAAGAUCUUUAACAAAUCUUGCAUUUCUAAAACAAGGUGCUCCAAGGCACAAAGCACUGUGGUAUUGAAGCUAUAUUUGGUGUUCAGGCAGGUCUUGGUGACAUCAAAGAAAAGGAAAGACAGGUAUUACAUGGAAUGGAGUAGGGUCUUUGUGUAGCCUUAUGUAUAUUCAUGUGUGGAAAGAAUUAUUGCAAUAUCUUCACUUCUAAAAGGGGAGCUUUCAGGUGAUAUUAGGAGGCAAUUAAAGAUUUUAAUUUGCUAAUGUCAAACAAACUAAAAGAUGAAAGAUCAGUAUCAAAUGCCACUUUCCAACACAAGUAUCCUCAUGUAAAUAAUGUUUCUCAGCAGGACAAUUGACAAGGUGUUUGGUAACCUAGUGAUUGUCACAUUGAAUAAAAAAUGGUGCAGCCAAGAAUGAGUUCUCUUUAAAACUCCAUGCAUACAACAGUUACAUUUCCUUCAAGGUAUAAAAAGAUUUUCUCUCAGGCUUAUGACAUAAUUUUGUAUUCUGAACCGAGCAUCCCAACCGAUGGUCUGAGCUUCCUAUCUUUCUGAAUGGCAGAAAUCAUCGGACUUUUUGUAAUCCAUCUUUGAGCAUCAGGACUAAGGGUGGAGGGAUAUGAGGUAUAAUCCUUAAUCUUGAGGGUUAUUUGCUUAAAUCCUAUUUUGCACGAAUCAGACCUGACUGUGCACCCCCAAUGUAGAGCAGCUUCUAUCAUGGUCCAUGUUUUUUUUUAAAUGGUGAGCUUUUUAAUUACACUUUUUAUAAAAUUAAUGAUUAUAUAUCUAUCAUUAAUGAAGAAUCCCAUGUUUUUUCUGGAAUUCCAUUGACCAUUUUCCUAACAGAGGCUAACAGGCCCAUUCCCGAGGAGUGUAGAAGGACUGUCAGCCCAAUCUCUCCCUUCCCUCAACCCCAUACAACCAGUAUAAAAUAUCUCAAAAUGGAUUGCAUCUGAAAAGAUCAUCAUUCCCACUUAGUCUUGAUCCUGCAAAUCAGAAUUCCAUAAUCAUCGAGUGGUUCACCUUCAUCAAAGAGGAAAAAAACAAGUCAAUCUAGAUGACCUCAGCAGAUGAGAAAAUUACGGCAAAAGAAAACAAAAGCAGAAAAGGUUGAUUUUGUGAGCAAUUUUCUUAAAUCUUUUGUGCUUUGUAACAUAUGACAAACAUAAUCUUUUUUUUUAAUUGUGUAUUUGUUCCUUUUUUAACAAAAAUCUGUCAAAUUAAAAGAAACAAAAAAAGCAUUUAAAAUACAUUUAUUUGUUCAUAUUAUGUUUAAAGACAGUCUAUUUUUUCACUGUAGAAAUGUUUGUGACUGGCUAUAUAUCAUUGGAUUCCAAAUGUUAAAAGAGCUUUCUUUGUACCAUUUUAAGGAUGUGCUCCAUUUUUCAAGAUUGCUUUCCUGCUUUGUUUUGCCCCAAAUGGAACUCAGUUAUGUUGGGAUAAACAGAAAACUUGCCUGGGGCUCGAGACUGCUACCUGGUUUACUCUGACGUGUUCCUUGUCAACGUCUGUGAUGAAUUUACUCAAUAACUCGUGAAAGUUGCCAGACUUAAUCAGUAUGAGACAGCCAAAUUAAUGGGAUGUUGAAAAAAAACAAAGGAACUGUCAUUUGUAUGAGGGCCAAGUGAUUAUUGCUUUUGAACAAAUGUUACUUAUAACUGAAAAUAUAAUUGGUUAUAAAAACCACUGUGUAUGUAGAUAUGUUGACUUUGUAUUAAAGGAAGAUUGU